AUGGGUGGGCUGGGUAUACGGCCGUGGAGAAGGCCUGUUUGUUCGACUGCGGCAGACUGGCCUUUUGUACGGGGCCGUUUGGAGCGUGGCCGUUUGGAGCGUGGCCGUUUGGAGCGUGGCCGUUUGGAGCGUGGCCAGUUGGAUACGGCUCUUUGUUGGAGUGCGGCCGUUCGAGGAUGGGUGCCUGAGCAUGGCAGCCUGGCUGUGCGUUAUGAAGCCCCAGUUGCUUUAGGCAACUUCAUCUCAGUCUCCUCAACCAAUAUGAAAGCCAGUUACAGAGCAGAACCAGGAUACACUCUGAGCAACUCAACAGCAAACUACAGACCAGAAAAAUCAAAAAAAAAAAACCUCACCUGGUCAUCCACAGAAGUGCCCUCGCUGCUGUCAUCAACUGUAACAGGGGCCACUAGCCCUAGGCGCACGGCGACGAUUGUCCCAAAGACUGCAAUGAGCCCUUGCAGUGCUUAUCAAAAACGGAGCGAAAGCGGAGCUAGGCUCAUCCGCUUGGGCUCUGGCCCGCCGAGCCCUCCGCCGGGCCCUCGCAACUCCUUGAAGGGGGGUCAUUGUAGUAGCUCUAGAGAGCCCCUAGUCUCUGGACCUUACUUUGACCCGAGUGCCUUUGGGGAUUUCGCAGCUCGAGUCUCGGCCCUCAAGGAGGUCCCCCCUCCAGCAGGAUCAGGAUCAGGACCAGGAUCAGGAUCAGGUGUUAUCAAGGCCUGA